CAUGUACAGCAACCGUGUGUGGUCUCGGCCUGCCUUCCUGCCCCAGCUGUCGCCCGAGUGCUGCCUCCUCACCUCUCCUGGCGACGCGACGGGAGAUAGGCCGCGCUCGACGGAGAUGUUGCCCACGCUGACUAUGUCGGCAUCCUUGGACGCCACUGAGCCCCGUGAAGACGGUCGUGAUGUGGUCCUACUGCUGAGGAAGCUGCGGAGGCCACCGCCUUCUCGGACAGAAGGAGACUUCGGGGCUGUGAGAGAGGAGAAGCCGCUUGGGGGUUUGGCGGUCUUGAUGACGGGGGGCGCGGCGGCCAGCUCGUCGAGGUCGGCACCUGCGUCGUUGUCGCGCAGGUCGGUCGAAGAAAGCUUUGAGAAGGCGCCGUAAUCGACGCCGAAGGAGCCGUUGCGCCUUGGGACGUUGGGAGACGCAGCGGCGGCAGGGGAAUCGGGCGAGGUGUGGAUGGCGUCGAUGGGGACGUCGAAGUGGUCUGCUGCGGGGCGCGAGAUGACAGAAAGGCUCGUGAUCAGGGAGGAGAUGACCUCGGGAGAGGCAUGUGCGACAGACUCGUUUCUGGCGUGUGGCCGACUUGGUUGAUUGUAGUUGCCGGAUACUGUGUCUGCUUAGGAAGAGAGGGGAGAAAAUAUUAAGAUUUGUUCGUGUCUAGCGGGGAAAAGAACAGGG